AUGACGGGUGAUCUUUAUUCGGACCACUUUGGAGGCUCGGCGACAGAGAGCAUGGCGAUGCUGUCUCCGGAGAUCAACGGCUGGGUUGAUAUGAUCGGUCGAGUUAGACGGGAGUAUCCCGACCUUGGCCGUGGGGAUUUCCGCAUCCCCGCAUUGCAAAUUCGCCAGUCUGAGGGUUACACCGUCAGUGAUCUCCAAUAUCGAUCUCACAGAGUCGCGCAAGGAAAGCCUGGCUUGCCGGGUCUGCCCUCAACCUUUGGCACUGAGGAUGAAGUCUCUACCCUCGUCGUCUCCCUUUACGACAACUAUAGCUCCAUAGCCGUCGACCUUUCAUACUCCAUCUUCCCCAAAUAUGACGCCAUCGUAAGGAGCGUCAACAUCACCAAUCAAGGCCAGGGCAACAUCACCAUUGACAAAGCCGCAAGCCUCAGUGUUGAUUUGCCAUUUGGGGAUAUGGAGAUGAUCGAGUUGAGAGGAGAUUGGGCCCGAGAGGCUAUGAGACUUCGACGGAAGGUCGACUAUGGGACACAAGGUUUUGGGAGCACAACUGGAUACUCGUCCCAUCUCCAUAAUCCAUUCCUGGCGCUCGUGUCUCCAGAGACCACUGAGUCCCAGGGCGAGGCGUGGGGAUUUUCUCUCGUUUAUACUGGCUCCUUCUCCGUCGAGGUCGAGAAAGGAUCCCAAGGCUUCACCCGUGCCAUGCUUGGCUUCAACCCGUAUCAGCUUUCCUGGCCUCUUGGACCGGGACAGUCUCUUACGACUCCGGAAGUGGUGGCCGUGUACUCGCAAACCGGAGUCGGUGGCUUGUCACGAAAGUUUCACCGUCUCUAUCGGAACCAUCUUAUGAGGGGCAAAUACGUUGCCCAGUCUCGUCCAGCACUGCUUAACAGCUGGGAGGGGCUCUACUUUGAUUACAACGAGAGUACUGUCUACAAUCUCGCUCAGGAAGCGGCGAAACUCGGUGUCAAGCUCUUCGUCCUGGAUGACGGAUGGUUUGGCGAACAAUAUCCCCGGCUGAACGACACUGGUGGUCUUGGCGACUGGGAGGUCAACCCGAACCGCUUCCCGGAUGGCCUACCCGCUCUCGUCAAUAAGGUUACUGACCUUCGGGUCACGAACUCGUCAGAUGAUCUACUUUUCGGACUCUGGUUCGAGCCUGAGAUGGUCAAUCCUAAUUCAACUCUUUACAACGAGCAUCCCGACUGGGCUCUCCAUGCUGGCAACUAUCCCCGAACAAUUAGACGGAACCAGCUCGUGCUUAACGUGGCGCUGCCAGAGGUCCAGGAAUUUAUUAUAGAGUCAGUCUCAAAAAUUCUUUCAAGCGCCCCUAUUUCAUACGUGAAGUGGGACAACAACAGAGGCUUCCACGAAACCCCCGUUCCAGGCAUCGGUCACUCCUACAUGCUGGGCAUAUACCAUGUCUUCGAGGUCCUUACAUCUCGAUUCCCAAACGUCCUCUGGGAGGGUUGUGCAUCCGGCGGCGGCCGUUUCGACCCUGGCAUCCUUCACUACUUUCCCCAGGUUUGGACAUCCGACAACACCGACGCUCUGGACCGCAUCUCCAUCCAAUUUGGCACGUCCCUCGCGUACCCGCUCUCUGCCAUGGGAGCCCACGUUUCGGCGGUGCCCAACCAUCUCACCGGACGCACGAUUCCCAUAAAGUUUCGCGCACACGUCGCGAUGAUGGGCGGAUCUUUCGGUCUGGAACUGAACCCCGCAAAGAUUUCUGACGAGGAUAAGGUCCAGAUCCCUGAUUUGAUAGCACUCGGUGAGCGGGUCAAUCCCAUUGUGAUCCGAGGUGACUUGUGGCGCCUCAACCUGCCCGAGGAUUCGAACUGGCCAGCCGCUAUGGUCAUAUCUGAGGAUGGAUCACAGGCUGUGCUCUUCUACUUCCAGGUGCGCGCGUUGUACAACCACGCCUUGCCGCGACUUCGUUUGCAAGGAUUAGACCCGGCAGCGUCCUACUCGCUGGAUAACAACGGCACCUUCUCUGGAGCAACAUUGAUGAGCACCGGAGUGCAAUACGCCUUCGAGGGGGAUUAUGAUAGCCGUGUUGUGAUCAUCCAGAAAGUUUGA